GAGCUUACCGUACGAGUUUUCGCGUUGAGACUGUCUUUUGUGCUGAGGUUCUUCCCAUUCUAAUAUACUGCACCGUGGGUCAAGAAACCACACCCUGCACAGUAAAAAACAGAACAAAUUGGAGUGGCAGGAUGGAAGAGACAACAAUGUCAGGUAUUGCCUCGAAACUCCAGCACGACCGUCUUAAGGCGCAGGGAAUCGGUUCCAAUGCGCAAGCGGUUAAGUACCUUGGACAAGAUUUCGAGGCGUUGAAACGGAAUUGCCUUGAAUGCGGGCAGCUAUUUAAAGAUGACUGCUUUGAGGCUCUACCUUCAUCCCUCGGCUUCAAAGACCUUGGACCAAAUUCAUACAAAGUCCGAGGCAUUACUUGGCAACGACCCACGGAGUUAUGCUCCAACCCGUUGUUUAUUCAUGAUGGUGCCUCCAGGACUGAUAUCUGCCAGGGGGCUCUCGGUGACUGCUGGCUCCUGGCUGCCAUCGCCUCCCUCACCCUGAACAAGCAGGUGCUGGCUCGGGUCGUCCCACCUGGGCAGAGCUUUGAGGAAGACUAUGCAGGAAUCUUCCACUUCCAGUUCUGGCAGUUUGGAGAGUGGGUGGACGUGGUGGUUGACGACCGGCUGCCCACCAAAGACGGGGAGCUGCUGUUCGUCCACUCGGCCGAGGGCUCUGAGUUCUGGAGCGCCCUGCUGGAAAAGGCCUACGCCAAGCUGAACGGCUGCUACGAGGCUCUGUCAGGGGGCUCCACCACCGAGGGGUUUGAGGACUUCACUGGGGGCAUCGCUGAGACGCACGAGCUGAGGAAAGCUGGCCCCCACCUCUUCAAGAUCAUCCAGAAGGCCCUGAGUAGGGGGUCUCUCCUGGGCUGCUCCAUAGAUAUCACGAGUUCAGCCGAUUCCGAGGCCAUCACAUCACAGAAACUGGUUAAGGGACACGCCUACUCCGUCACGGGUGCAGAACAAGUGGAAUAUGAAGGGCAGAUGCUGAAACUCAUACGCAUUAGAAACCCGUGGGGCCAGGUGGAGUGGACGGGUGCCUGGAGCGAUGGCUCAGCGGAGUGGCGCCACAUCAGCGGCGAGGACAGGGACAGGCUGAGGAACCGAUCGGAAGACGGAGAGUUCUGGAUGGCCUUCUCUGAAUUCCUGCGGCAGUAUUCCCGUGUUGAGAUCUGCAACCUCACCCCCGACGCGCUCACCGACGACGAGUACCAGAAAUGGGCCCUGUCCAAAUUUGAGGGCAACUGGAGGAGGGGCUCCACCGCUGGAGGCUGCCAGAACUACCGAAAUACCUUCUGGACCAACCCUCAGUUUGUGAUCAAACUGGACGAGGAGGACGACGACCCGGACGACGAUGAGUUUGGCUGCACCUUCCUGGUGGGCCUGAUCCAGAAGAACCGGCGCCGGAUGAGGAAGAUGGGCGAGGACAUGCACACCAUCGGCUUCGCCAUCUACGAGGUGCCUGAGGAGGCCUCGGGUCAGAGGAACAUUCACCUGAACCGGAACUUCUUCCUGCGGCACGCGACCAAGGCUCGGUCAGAGACCUUCAUUAACCUGCGGGAGGUGUGCAAUCGCUUCUGCCUGCCCCCGGGGGAGUACCUGAUCGUGCCCUCCACCUUCGAGCCGCACAAGAACGGGGACUUCUGCGUGCGCGUCUUCUCCGAGAAGCAGGCGGACUUCCAAGAACUUGAUGACCCUGUUGAGUCCCACGUAGAAGAGAUUGAAAUAACUGAAGAUGAUGUGGAUGAUAGGUUCAGGAGCCUCUUCGGGCAGCUGGCUGGGCAAGACUGUGAAAUUUCUGCAUUUGAACUGAGAAGAAUUUUGAACAGAGUGGUCCCCAGACGUGAUGAUAUCAAAACAAAUGGUUUCGGCCUUGAGACCUGCCGCAACAUGGUGAACCUACUGGAUAAAGAUGGAUCCGGGAAGCUUGGCCUGGUGGAAUUCAAGAUCCUGUGGACCAAAAUCGAAAAAUACCUGAACUUAUACCGCGACAAGGAUGUUGACAAGUCAGGCUGCAUGAGUUCCACCGAGAUGCGUGCAGUGGUGGAAGAAGCAGGUUUCUCCCUGAACAACGCCCUGCACCAGAUUGUGGUGGCACGCUACAGCGACCCCAACCUCACCAUAGACUUUGACAACUUUGUGGGCUGCUUGAUUCGACUGGAGACCCUGUUCAACACCUUCAAGACCCUGGACAAGGAUGGGAGUGGAGAAAUAGAGUUGACCUUCCUGGAAUGGCUGAACGUGACUUUGCUGUAAGGCCGUGAGGAGGGACAGUAAAGCCGGCUAUGAUUUCGCCAUUUGAACUCAUUUCGGAG